AUGUGCCAGUUGAGAGAAGCUGAAAUGUGUAAAGAACAACAAUUUAUAGAUUGUAUUAUUUAUCGACGAGUCAGUAUUUUCCGUACGCUUCGCCAGAAGGAAACUGUACACAAGUCGCCCGACACACACACACACACACACACACACACACGCGCACACACACACACACACACCACACACACAGAAACAUACACAAACAUACACGGGCAUAUACCACAUAAACGCAAAUACACACAUACAGACAAACAAUAUACACACAUACAUGCAUACACACACACACAUACACACACACACAUACACCUACAGACACAUAAGCAUACAUACGUAACAUUGAUGUACACACCCAUCAAAUCCUAUUAA